CCAAUCACAACUUCUGAGACUGAAAAACAAACCCCAUGCGGGUGAGCAAGGCACUUCGUCUUCACCAGUGAGAGAGACAGGUGAAAUCCUGGACGAGCCUCAAGCCGAUACUAUGUCAAGCCCUGCUUUGGACAAUGGCACAAAUGCAAUUGUACCGGAAACCGAAAGCAGACCUGAAACUGGUGACACAGGGGACACUGCCCAUAGCAGUCAUGAUAAGGGCAUCUUUGGCAAGGACACUAGUGAAAUGAGUGGCGUGAAAGCUGUUUCAGGACUGAUGGGAAGCAGUGAUCUUUCCAAAAUUACAAGGAGCAAGGAAGCUUUCAAAGUGACAUUUACAGAUGCUGUGAGUGAACAUGAAAGUCAGAGACUAUCCCCAGACUGGCAAACAUCUUCUGAAGACAAUGGCACAAUUGCCGAUGAUGAUGACGAUGGAAGAAGCCGGCAUGAGCAUUUGCAUGAAAGAAAAAGGGAGAAGAUAAAAGCUAUGUCUUCACGAAGCUCCCUGGGAACCAGUGACGAUGUGGACAGUACUGAUCCAUCCAAUGUGGACUCCGAUGUAGAUAUCAGCUUUUCAGACGUAGAUUUUUCUAAGAUCAAGGGCAGAAGUCCGUCAGGGAGAUAUACUUCCCAGGAUGGUCCGCUGGGAGGCAAUCCACCUACAGUGCAGGUUAUGAAAGAGGAUGGCAAUGCAGCGAAGGGUUCUCAGCUCAGAUACAGAUCAAAAUCAAGGCCAAGCAAGGUUGCGAGCACCGGGGUACUGCCACGACGCAGUGCCAGACUCACAGUUCGUAGCCACUCUGUGCUACCUCCAUGGCCGAAGUAUCAACAACGACGCGGCAGGCGAACGAUUCCAGCGGCAUCCAGUACCAAUGCAGCAACUGCAGUACUGGGCACCGCCGGGACCCUUCCCGCCUGUCCGGUCCAAGGGGACCACGAGACUUUGGCAGCUUACCUUCAGCGGGCACAGGCAUUCACAGAUGCCAUCACCACAGCACAGCAAGAGGCAGCAGAAGCAGAACGUCAGCGGCUUGCCCAAGAGGCGGCAGCCCAAGCUCAGCGGACUGCUGAGGCUGACACAAUGGCUCGAGACAAGCGGAAUGCCGCCAGCACUGAGUCCCUGAUUCGGAAUGAGAUUCAGUGGACAGCACUCCUCCAAGGCAUGAUCUUUGUGCCUACGGACGAGCACGCGGACCCGACACCGGCGAAGGCAGAAAGGAGUAACCUGGCUAACCUGAUGCUGGGCAUGAUGAGGGCAGUGAUGUGGAAUAACACAAUGCUGCAGGUACACCUGCUCGCGGACCGACGGCUCAGACAAGACCACCAGCAAGAUACUGCCGCCUUAACAGCUGCCGUCCGCACCGCAGCAACGCAGCAGCAACAACAGCACCAGCUGUUGAACACCACGAUCACACGCGUCAACAGCAUCGAAGCUAAGGCCUCAGCAGCGCCAGGCUGCAUGACAGACAUCGCGAAGCAGCUCGGGGAGCGCAUCGACCAUGUCGUCACUAUUAUCGGCGACCUAAGUGACUUCCCCAGUCCGGCCACGAUCAGCAGCACGGUGGCCGCCAUCAAGACGGACAUCACCAAACUGCAGUCACGACCGGAAGCCGCUACGAAGGCAUACAAGAUGCCACGCUUCAACAUCAACAAGUUUGACGACUACAACAAGACGGACGCUUUGACAUGGUGGCAAGCCUUCCUCACCGAAGCAUCCUGCCACUCUGUACCGCCGGAGGAUAUGAUGAAAGCGCUCUACCUCCAACUCAUUGGAGGAGCACAGGCAUGGAUGAACCACACCGUGGCCAAUCUGGGAUGUACCAUCGCCCAACUGCACACGCACAUUCCGUGGAAGCAGUUCGAGCAAAUGUGGAACACUCGAUUCAUGGUCCGCAACGUCGUAAAGGCGGCCAUGAACGAGGUCUACUCCAGCUCGCAAGGGAACAUGCCAACUCGAGACUGGACGAUCAAGUGGCAGAAGAUAGUAACCACUCCGGGCUUCAACUUGAGUUUCCCAAACCAACGAUCCGAAUUCUUUUUGCGAUCGUGCGCAGGACUGCGGUCGGCACUCGACAACGAGUACGACUAUGCCUCGUUCCAGGCCAUUCUGGAUCGUGCGAACCUGGUCAUCCGAACUAAUGACAAGGCCGCCAACGAACGGCAGUCCCAACCGCAAUAUGUGGCUAAGCAAGGCUACCAACGGCCGGCGCAUAACAAUGCAGUGAUUCCUGACGAAUCAAUCGAUCUCCACAUUGCAGCAGCAUCCUCGAGUGAUGGAGGAGUUGUCGCAGCGCUCCCGCCGAAGCGUCCCAAGAGAGUUCGGAAGAACAAGGCGACACAAGCGACGACAUCCACGAGAACUGGGCAGCAACCAUGGAUGGCAUACAACAUCACCAAGGAAAUUGAAAUCCAGCCUCAAGGCCGGUACAAGACCGCCUUCAAAACGUGGUAUGGGCAUUUUGAGUGGGUCGUGAUGCCAUUUGGACUCACCAAUGCCCCGACAACCUUCCAAGCAGCCAUGACAACGGAGUUCCGAGACUUCGAUCGUACUGUCCUCAUCUACCUCGACGAUAUCUUGGUCUAUAGUAGGACGCUUGACGAGCACCUCGUACACCUUCGUGUGGUGUUGGAUCGUUUGCGAGCAGCCAAGUACAAAGCAAACCGCGACAAGUGCGAAUUCGCCAAACAAGAGUUUGAGUACUUAGGCCAUUAUGUGACGCCGAAGGGAAUUCGUCCCUUAGCAGACAAGAUCCAAGCCAUCGUGGAUUGGCCGGAACCCCGUUGCACGACGGGCGUACGCUCUUUCAUGGGUUUGGCUGGAUACUAUCAGCGCUUCAUCGAGUCUUACUCCAAAGUGGCAGCUCCUUUGUCGAGACUUCAGUCCCCUAAGGUACCAUUUGAGUUCGACGACGCAGCUCGUGGCGCGUUUAAUACGUUGAAGGCGGCGAUCCAAGACGCACUGGCCCUCCGUAUCUAUGACCCCACCCUACCCACCCAAGUGACUACGGAUGCUUCCGGGUACGAUAUUGGUGCGGUGUUGGAACAAUGCCACACAAAAAAAUGGUUGGCACCCGGUCAAGUACUUCUCCCAAAAGGUGCCUCCCAUCAACACUCUCGACGACGCUAGGAAGAAAGAGCUACUGACGUUCGUCACCGUUCUC